AUGGCUCGGCAACUUCCGCCACCACAUACAUCUGUAACUGCUAAUUGUUUCUUUCCACUGGCCUUACACUUGCAGUUAUCCCCCAGCUUAUAAUACUAGGAAAAUCAAUCCGGCAUGCAAACGAGGUAAUUGACUCAACAGAACGUUUGCUUGGAAAGAAUCGGUAAGUUGAUAGGCUGGGAAACGUUGCGGUAGAGAAAGACGACAGAUCUUCUGAACCACCCAAGCUUCUCUACAGCGCGCAGUCAGUGUGAUCUACGGGAUUUUCAGCCAAACAGGUUGUUGUGGUGCGCUGUCUGGAGUGUUCGUAUCAAUGGUAGACUAUCAAUGACAGUAUCGAUGUCUGGGUGUGAUACUGGCGGGUGACCGAGUGUGGGGGAGAGAUACAUGUAUACAUCUGUGCUCAUACAGUAGGAGAGUCGGUAUCAUGAGAGGGAACUCGUCCACUUGGAACGCUAACUUGACAGUGGCGUACUUGGAUAUUCUCGGAAUUAUAAACGGGGACAACGGAGAUGGUGGUGGAAAUCAGUCAACAUUUACACUGUCAGACUUCAACCAACCCACCGCCGUCGCCAACUACAUCAUCAUCCUCAUCUUCCUCUUCCCCGUCGUCGUCAUGUCCAUCAUGUGCUUCCUCCGGGUCAGGUCCAACAGGAUCAGUCGGAGGGACAAGGGCUACAGGAGUCGGAGGGAAUACCUGUACAGGGUCCACUCUUUAGCCUCUGCGCUCCGGUUGCUCCUGAGCUCUCCCAGCCACUGACCGAUGGCCACUUGUCCAAGAGCGGAUCCUGCAGUUCUCAGUUGUCUAAAAAAUCCAAAGAAUUGGAAAAGGUUGACGAUGCUUCUAUCAAAUCUGUUUGAUGAACGCCUGGCGAACAUUCCUAUAUGUAACCCCAUGUGUGUAUAUAUUCUCAGCUGACAUCACCCUUCUUCGUGUCUCACUAAAACAUGCCCGUAAGCUGUCUACCUGUGAAUAUGUCUUUAAAUUUGUAUAUUUUCUAAUUUAUUGUUGCAUUAGUUAAAAAGAAAAUUAUGACUAUGACUCAAAGGUAGUUAGCAUCGCCCGUUUGUUUCAUAUGAUUAUAGUUAACCGGUCAUGACUGUGACUGUUUUUCUUUCUAUUUUCUAAACUAGUUUGGCCAACUAAAUAACCGCACUUGUAACAUUCGUUAUGUGCAUGGCAGGGAGCCCCAGUGGUCUCGGGUGCCGCAGAGUUUCAGAGUUGCAUCCCUUAGAAGUCCCAAAAAUCAGCACUAUAAGACCACAUAAAAUACAUUUCUUGUUUCUCAUCCCUUUUUAUAAAAGAACAUGGGAAGGUAGGGCGGAUUUUACUUUUAUUUUUUAAUAUUUUUUCUUCUGAUUUUCUAUACAAUGUUAGUGUAAAACUUGGAAUAUCGGAAGCUGAGACGGAUUUCGGAAGUCUGCCGGCUUUAUACACGCAAAUGUACCAGUGAAAAAUAAAUUUAAAAAAAAAAUACAAAUUAGGGUCGGGCCAAAUUUUAGGUUGGGGAGGUAAUGGGAAACAAUAAAUUAUUUUUAUAUGACCUAACAGCGCUCA